GAGGCGCCAAACCUUGACAUUGUAAAACUCUGUCUCUGAGGCGCCAAACUCUGAGGCGCCAAACCCUGACAUUGCAAAACUCUGACCUUCCGAACUCUCUCUGAGGCGCCAAACCCUGACAGGGCAAAACUCUGGCCUUCUGAACUCUGAGGCGCCAAGCCCUGACAUUGUGAACGCUGGCCUUCCGAACUCUGAGGCGCCAAACCCUGAGGCGCCACACCUUGACAUUGCAAAACUCUGGGGCGCCAAACUCUGACAUUGCAAAACUCUGACUUUCUGAACUCGGAGGCGCUAAACUCUGGCCUUCUGAGUCUGCGGCGCCAACCUCUGGCCUUGCAACUCUGAGGCGCAAAACUCUGGCCUUCUGAACUCUGAGGCGCCAAGCCCUAACACACACUGUAAAACUCUGACCUCCCGAACUCUGAGGCACUAAACCCUGACUGCCCCACGCUGAGGCGCCAAGCCAUGGCAUUGCCAUGCAGGGCAUUCAGUGAACACCGCACAGGCAUUGACGUUACGCGGCCCAAACGCGGCCGGCGGCCUCGUUAAAACCCCUUAACGGCUGCGCGGCGAGCGUCCCCGCUGUCAGCCACUGAGUGCCCGGGCUGGCACUAAGGCCGCUGGCGUUCAGCUCGAAGAGGCGCCCAGCGCUGCCAGUGGCUUCUGUGCCUCCUCCUCGACUCGCGCGAACGCUGCCCUCCCACCCCUGACUCUGAAAACUCCGAGGCGCCAAGUCUUGACAUUGCAAAUCUCUGACUUUCCGAACUCUGAGGCGCUAAGCCCUGACCCUGCGAACUCUGAGGCGCCAAACCCUGACAUAGGAACACACUAACCUGCCGGACCUCUGAGUCGCCGAACUCUGAGUGGCCAGGCCCUGACACUGCAAAACUCUGACCUUCCGAAUUCUGAGGCGCCAAACUCUGAGGCGCGAAACUUUGAGGCGCGCCAAACCCUGGCCUUCGGGACUCUGAGGCGCGCGUCCCUGACAGUGCCAGCCCCUGAGCUUCCAACCUUUGAGGCGCCAAGCCUUGACCUGCGGAACUCUGAGGCGCCAAACCAUGACAUUGCAAAACUCUGAGGCGCCAAACUCUGAGGCGCCAAACCCCGACACGCAAAGCCCUGACAUCCGUUUACGCGUUUGCAGCCCUGAGAAACCAAACCCUGACAUUUGCGCCCUUUUGCGCAAAUCUUGAGACUCAAAACCUUGACAUGGGUUCAAAGCCCUGGAAUUUGGCUGUUAGCGGCAAACCCUGAGACGCCCUGACUUUGCCCUUAAAACCCUGGGGGCCUUGGCCUUUGUUUCCGCCCCCCUUGGGAUUCUCUUUGCUUCCCCUUAAAGCCCUGACGUCGGACCUCGAUUUUUGUCGAUUAUUAAGAAGGGGGGAACUCGUUGGCGGAUUGCUCAUCUGAUUUUGAUCCAUGAUCCGUUGCUUGUCUAUAAUGUCUUUAUUCUUAUUGAUCGUGAUUGAUCUUCAUCCUGAAUCUAGGCAGUCUUGACCAAUCGACCAUGCUAUUGACUGAUCGAAGACUCUUUACUUGACGUUACUUAUCUAUCAUGAUUGGAGAUUUAAUUUUGAUUCGAAUUUCAUCACUUGGAAACUGGGUGGGUGGAAAAAUUAGCAAGAGAUAGAGAAGAAAGCAACUCCAGAGGAGGGCUGACUAAGUAAAAAGAUUUACAUCUAUUCAGAAGACGGUUAAGUACAACUAUUGGAGAAGGAUAAUUUCUUGAAAGAUCAAAAAAAAUGGUGCUGAGAGAGAUGCAGACGCCGUUGUCCACGGAGAUGCGAGCGAAGUUGGCCGCGGAGGCACUAAAGAAACUCGGUGGAGGAGGAGGCUGUUCAGUGUUUGUAUACGUCUGUAAUCGUUCCCAGCUGUUUGAGACGUUGUACGGAGGGCACCAUGAUAAGUUGCUGCUUCCAGACGGACUAUUUUCAAGCACAGGUAACGGAAAACCCAACGAUUCUGCUCGGCAGGUUUUCGUGUGCGACACCAAUAACGAAAUGGAGGUCCUCUCCUUCAAAAUCGACGGGCAGGAAUCCGCGAGCCUUCCUUUAUGUUCGUCGUUUUUUUUAAUCCUGCACUUGCUGUUGUCUGGUUUUCCGUCAAUUGCAUUUUUAAUUUAUAGCUGACUUUGCAAGACACACUUGACUCUAAUUUACCUUGCAAAUCGAUUUUCCGUUGCAGACACCUCGAUCAUGCAAGGUUCCCUGAGUCUGGACCUGAAUCUGAAACUGGUGGAGCAUAUGCCGGAGGGCCUUCAGAAGCAUUGCACAGACUCCGCGCCCAGUAAAACGAUUCAGGUCUUUGCAAACGGAAAUACUCUUGCGUCGAGAGGAGGAGUGGGUCGGCGUGUAGAGAUGCUCAGCGAUCUGAAUCUCUUCAUGAAUUCCAUUUUAUGGCAAGAAUAGCAUCAUGUCCUCUAUUCGUCUGCAUAACAAACGUCUUCCGUGCCUUGUUGCGCGUAGACCUACUUAACAGUUGUUUGACCCGCACAAACAUUGCCAAUAAAUUGAUGGAACUCUCAGGGGUCUACGACUAUUGAUUCCAGAAAUUUGAGCAGCUGAGAGGGGUGAACAUUGUCGACGAAGUGCAUUAUUAGUAAUUUAAUACUGUAGUAGUGUUGGACCAUUCGAAAGCAGACUGUUAAGUCGCGUCUAGUUUCUCGGUGAGAAGCGCUUGAGUUUGAUACAGAUUGCACGACUGCACUCACAGCCUGAGACUAACGGCCUCUGGCUGCUUUGAUCCCUGGAAAUGUUCACUGGGGUUGCAAGGAGGAAGUCUCAGCUUCUUCAUUGGGAUACCAUGACGCAUGGGGAAACUUUCAUAUGGGAGCGCCUAUGCUAUCGUCAUUGAUUCGUGCGCUCAUCUUGCGUCGGUGCUCAUCAUUGAUCAGAACUGACAAGACGUUAUGGACCUGAUUACAGCUAUGAACCUUCGUUAUUUCUGGCAUCUGAAUCCGUUGAAGGUCCUUUGCCUGUUGAUCAUUGAUUUUGGAACCAUAUGCGUUUAGGUCUGUAGGUUUCCUUGAGAUCUUUCUGGUUGCUUUGUCCUUGACUGUGUUGGGAGGCUUGAGCCACAAACGAGAGGGAGAGGAGAAGCCAGAGACACCCGCGCGACGGUAAACCCGUCGGGCGUUUGGAUGGUGCUCCGGUAACCUUUUGCCUGGCGAUCUUGGUCAUUUCGUUGAUCUUUAUAUCCUUCUGAUCUUUGUGACAGUUCCAGGAUUAUGAUCUUGGCCAACAAGUAGGCACGUCAGUCAGUGAGUGAAUCUCUAAUACAGCCGCGCGAGGUGCUCGGGGGCGAAGUGCUAAAAGCUUUGCAGACGCUGGGCAAAUUGCUUGGCGGUGGAGACAAAGGUGAAUUUUUGCUCGAGGAGCUGAGCCGAAUUGAUCACCACGAAGCACGAAAAGGAAUCACUAAGGAAAUCAUGCGUGGUCACUGGGUAACGAAGGAGCAGCUGGAACAAGCCAUCCUCGCACAACCACAAGAAGCUGCAAUUGCACAAGGAGAGGCUGCAGCCCCACUUGAUGAUGUAAGGGCAGGAGCUGUAACACCCAUAGCAGAACAAGAAUCACUAUCCAAAGAAGUACAAAGUGCGCAACAACACGCCGAGAUUGUUGCCGAAGCAGCACCCGCUGUCAAGGAGGAGCUUCCUCCCACACCACCAGAAGCUGCAGAAGCACAAAAAGACGAUGCUGCACACUCACAAGAAGACGGAGCUGCAACACCCAUAGCAAAAGAAUCACUACCCAAUAAUGAAGAAAGUGCGCAACAACACGCCGAGACUGUUGCCAAAGCAUCAGCCGCUGUGGCUGUCAAGGAGGAGCUUCCUCCACCCCCACGACAAGGUGAAGGUGAGGCACAGGGGGGAACUGCUGAGAUUGCCGCGCAAGCGGGCGGGGCUGGGGCGAUGCAGGCCGGGGCGCCUAUGCGUCGUUCUGAGCCACGUCCUUCUAUCCCUGAGCGUCGUCUCUCAGCGAGCGAAAUAGACCAGCGUUUUAUGGUGAUAAGUAGUAGUAGUACAGUCUUUGAGACGAGCAGUCUAAAGAGACGAGGACGACUUCGGAUGGACGGGAUUGUUCGGAUGCAGCUGUCCUAUAAAUCCGCCCAUUUUAUUACUUUUCACGAGGUCAAUCUGUUCCAUCCCGUCCAUCCCAUCCAUUCUUUAGUCCCAGUAUACCCCAAUGAUGGAAAUCUAAUAGUAGGAUGGAGGAGCAUAAUUUAAUGUCUACAUCCUUAGGAGGUGGAGCACGUGUUUUCGGGGGGAGUGCUGGGAGUAUCUCGCGACAGCGGACGGGACUGGCACUAAGGUCCGCCUUCCUGUCGACAACCAGUCAGCCUACUCCAUCAGCAUCCGGACAGCAGGGAUUGCUCACGUAUGUGGACCCAUUGUCCGCUGCGCUGGGUGUUGGAGGCGCUCUUCUCGGUUUUUUGGUGCUGCGCAAGUGCUUGCGACGUUGCCGCUGCGGUAAUCUGCUUUACAAGGAGGACGAGGAGGAGGAACCUCUGCUGCCUUUGCGGCAGUAA